UUGCCGCAACUGCGGCUCCAGGUGCUGACUGCACAGCCACUGCGGUACUGUCCGCAGCUGCGCGCCGGGCUCAGUCGGCAUUAUUUACGGUACAGAAUACUCGCCCGCGCGGCAGUAUUUACGGUAACGAAAGCCAGCUGUAUUUACGGUAGCGAGGGCUGGACCGGCGACGGCAUUUACGGUAACGGGGCCGGGCUCGCUGAGGCCCGUCGGCUUGGCCCGCUCUGGGCGUUAUCAAGUGAUCUCCAGCCAAGGCGGCCGCCACCCCCUGCACCCAGCGGAAAAUGCAAAAUGGCCCUCUGGGGCAGUGAGGGGCCGUGGCCCUCGGCCCGGGCCUGCCGCACCCCCUUCCCGCAGCUGGCGGCCGGCAGCGCUGAACAGGGUCCGGGUGUAGCCCCCUCUCGCCCCUCCGCAGGGGCGCCGGCCUGAACUGGGCGCGGGAACCAGGCCGCCCUCGGCGCCCAGCCCGCCCUAGUCCCGCGCGCCGCCCCCGCCGUGCCGCGCCCACAUGGGUCUGUGCUACAGUCUGCGGCCGCUGCUUUUCGGGGGCCCAGGGGACGACCCCUGCGCGGCCUCGGAGCCCCCGGUGCAGGACACGCAGCCCGCCCCGGCCCCGGCCCCAGUCCGGGCGGCCGCAAGGGACACGGCUCGGACCUCGCUCCCUCGGGGCGGCGGCGGGAGCCCGGCAUGCGCUCGGCCCAAAGCAGACAAGCCGAAGGAGAAGCGGCAGCGCACCGAGCAGCUGAGCGCCGAGGAGCGCGAGGCGGCCAAGGAGGCGAGGAAAGUGAGCCGGGGCAUCGACCGCAUGCUGCGCGAGCAGAAGCGCGACCUGCAGCAGACGCACCGGCUCCUGCUGCUCGGGGCUGGUGAGUCUGGGAAAAGCACUAUCGUCAAACAGAUGAGGAUCCUGCACGUCAAUGGGUUUAAUCCCGAGGAAAAGAAACAGAAGAUUCUGGACAUCCGGAAAAAUGUUAAAGAUGCUAUCGUGACAAUUGUUUCAGCAAUGAGUACUAUAAUACCUCCAGUUCCGCUGGCCAACCCUGAAAACCAGUUUCGAUCAGACUACAUCAAGAGCAUAGCCCCUAUCACUGACUUUGAAUAUUCUCAGGAAUUCUUUGACCAUGUGAAAAAGCUUUGGGACGAUGAAGGAGUGAAGGCAUGCUUUGAGAGAUCCAAUGAAUACCAGCUGAUUGACUGUGCGCAAUACUUCCUGGAAAGAAUCGACAGCGUCAGUUUGGUUGACUACACACCCACAGACCAGCCAAAGAGGAAAGCAAGCACGUGUGCGGUUGUUCCCUGCUUUCCCCAAAUAACUGUGUUCCUCUUGCUCUUCCACAGCAUGUUUGAUGUUGGCGGCCAGAGGGAUGAGAGGAGAAAAUGGAUCCAGUGCUUUAAUGAUGUCACGGCUAUCAUUUACGGUCGCAGCUGCAGUAGCUACAACAUGGUGAUUCGAGAAGAUAACAACACCAACAGGCUGAGAGAGUCCCUCGAUCUUUUUGUGAGCAUCUGGAACAACAGGUGGUUACGGACCAUUUCUAUCAUCUUGUUCUUGAACAAACAAGAUAUGCUGGCAGAAAAAGUCUUGGCAGGGAAAUCAAAAAUUGAAGACUAUUUCCCAGAAUAUGCAAAUUACACUGUUCCUGAAGACGCAACACCAGAUGCAGGAGAAGACCCCAAAGUUACGAGAGCCAAGUUCUUUAUCCGGGACCUGUUUUUGAGGAUCAGCACGGCCACCGGCGAAGGCAAACAUUACUGCUACCCGCACUUCACCUGCGCCGUGGACACAGAGAACAUCCGCAGGGUGUUCAACGACUGCCGCGACAUCAUCCAGCGGAUGCACCUCAAGCAGUACGAGCUCUUGUGAGGCUGCUGCUGCCACCCCGCGAUGGAGCGGCGCCCCAGACCGCCUGACUGCCAGCCCCAUGCCAUGGUAGGAGGCAGGGUCUCUAGUUCCAUCUCGCUGCCGUCUGUCCCGUUCUGUGUCGACCACCAAGCCUCUGGCUACCUCUGUCCCCUCAGGUUUGGUUGUGUAGCUUCUGUUGUCAUUGAAUACGACCUUCCGCAGCAUCCCACCCCCAAACCACCGACUCUCAUUGCUGACACUGCAGCAGAAUCUCUCCGGGUGGGAGCCCCUUUAUUCAUUCUCCCUUUAUUGAUUCAUCGAGGAGAACUUGGUAGAUGGGGAGAAAGCGCAGUUUGCUUUUUUUCCCACGUUGUCAAGCGUGACCGCAAGAGCGUACGUGCAGUGUGCCCUGAGCCGCGGCCCUCUCUGAUUUUCCCUUUAUGAAGCUGCAGGUUGACGAGCGAUGGUCCCUUCCCAUCGGCCUUAGCCCUAGACUUAGAGUCGACCCCAAGCGACAGAGUGACCAGAAACCCUUUUACAGUCACAUUCAGAGUCGCUGCUGGCCUCAGGCAUUUGAAUUAGAGCUACUUUGAGCCUCUUACAUUUAGGCAGAAAACCUACCAUGUUCACUACUGCAAACUCUGUCUUGUGUAAAAAUGAUUCUCUAAACUUUCACUAUACUUAGGCAUAGUCUUCUUUCUCAGAUUCUCUUUGUUGUUGUCCCUAUUGCUGGUUUAUUAUACUGUACAGACCACAAAAUGUAAUAUUCUUUUGUAUAACUACUAAAGAAAAAUCCUUGUAGAUCUUUGUGCCUUUACCAUGGCUAUCUAUACCUGUACAUGAAAUGUGUUUGUAUCGUGCUAAAGAGCUUAAUGUCAACAUUACCUGCUGCUUACUCUGAAAAAAGGAAUGAAUGGUAGCUGUAGAAUUUAGGAUAUUUCAUAAGGUUGGCACUUUAUAAAAUACUCCCUGAUUUAAAAAAUUGUAAGUUAUACACAUUAAUCAUCCACAUUCUACCAACAGUGUCGUACCAACAUCACAAGCUGUUGCAACCACCUGCUCGCUCUUCUCUGAGCUGUAAAAACCUGAACUCAAUUCAGGGGUACAAAUUGCAAUCUAAUCUUUUCAGGGUACCAGGCACUUUUUUCUCUCUCUCUAGACAAUAUGUUUCCUAAUUAGUCUGCUAAUGAAACACUCCUUCAAGUUCCCUAAGUGGGAACAGGUCCACCAUUCCCCUUAGUCAAAACUUUGGACACAGGCUACAUCAUACAAGUAAGCAAACAGUAAGAGAAAAACAAAACGUGACGUGUCAAUGUUUGUGUCUGGCCUAGGAGAAUAAGGAUGACAGCUUCACUUGCCUUUUGAAGAAGAAACAUUACAAAACCUUAAUCUGAAGUAUAAAGUCAAAAGAUACGGCUCUUUCUCACACUCGCAAGAUUUACAAAUAUAGCCUCAAACAUUAGGACACACGAACAGUAUCUAGAAAGUAAGAACUGUUGUAGCAAUGACACUUCAUGUUCCAUCUGCAGCCACAGAGUUGAGGGUAGUUUUCAAGGUCUAAAAUAAUCUGUAAAGAUGUCCAAAGUUAAAUUUUCAACAAUACAAAUCUAGAGAAGUGACAGCCUAUUACUUCAUUACUCUCCUUUUAGUCUUUAGUCUGUAAUAUUUUAAAGUUUACUCUAUAAAUCAGCAUUUUGUAAUCCUUUAUAAACUCAUCCAGAUUUAAAUGCUACUUUUUCAUGCAGAAAGGAUGACAACUUUAUAGACAGUCAGUGCAACACACACAUAUUUUAUCUCAUCACCGUCUUCCUGCCCUUCCCAUCCACUGUCUCAUAAAACCCUCAGCUGAACUAAGAUAAAUACAAUAGAAAUUAUUUUCAGUUCCCCUUGCACUGUCAAAGUAAAACAAGAAAACUGAAAAGCUACACCCCCAGCAAGAAAGGGAAGUAUGUUGUUGUAUGCAUCAUUACUCAACAAUUACCCUCUAACUAAACAUCCUGUUUAAGAGUUUAAUUCAAACAAGAGCCAGACUGUUAAGAAAAAAAACAAAAAGAAUAACUUUUAUCUGGCUUACAAUUAUUAAAGCAUUUAUUUUCAGGUACCAAAAGCCAUAUCCCAUUCUACUUUUCAAGUUUCUUUUGAUCACUGACAGGCAUUAUCAGAUGUAACAACUUGGUCUCCUAUAGAGAAAAUUACACUUAUUUAAAAAUCUGAUUCCAUUAAUUGAUCAAGUAUAAAAAUCUAUGAAAACAAUAUGUUCUGCAUAUCACAUCUGUACUUUUUUUUUAAUUAUUUUUUUUUUGAGACGGAGUCUCGCUGUGCUGCCCAGGCUGGAGUGUAAUGGCGCGAUCGCGGCUCACUGCAACCUCCGCCUCCCGGGUUCAAGGGAUUCUCCUGCCUCAGCCUCCCAAGUAGCUGGGAUUACAGGCGUGUGCCACCACGCUUGGCUGAUUUUUAUAUUUCCAGUGGAGAAGGGGUUUCACCAUGUUGGCCAGGCUGGUCUUGAACUCCUGACCUCAAGUGAUCCACCCGCCUCAGCUUCCCAAACUCCUGGAUUACAGGUGUGAGCCGCCGCGUCCAGCCACAUCUGUACUUGCAAGGGUACAGCUUUACGGGACAUAGGAAUUCGAGAACCACUUCACAGGACGAGGGAAACAGCCCAAUAUUUACGUAUACACAUAAUCCCAAGUGUGUGCUGGGGCCACCAGGCCCUUCCUGGGGGAACAAGGACUGUCGUGCAUGUGAGUGACGACAUUAAUAGCAUUUAAUACUGUACAGAUGCAACCUUCGA